GGGAAGAGAGAGAAAGAGAGAAGGAAACGGGUACUUUUAGUAAUAAUCCACGGACGCUUUCACCCUUUAUUCAAUGCUUUACCAAACUCCCUAUCCUCUCCUCUUUCAAUUUCAUCCCUUGCCUUCUUCUACCCUUCCUCUUGCAACCACAUCACCCAUCUCUUCUGUUCCUCUGUUUUCUUAUCUUCCUCAGGCUGAAACAGAAAUGGAGUGUGUGGAGGCAGCAGCGUUGAAGACCAGUUUUAGGAAAGACUUAACCGCCGUGAAAUUCAGCCCCCAAACCUUCAUGGAAGAGCUGUCAGCGCUUAAUGUGCCUAAUGCCGCCUCCUGCGACGACUUUUCCGUUGACGACCUGCUUGAUUUCUCGCACGUGGUGGAAGAUGAGGAGAAAGAAGAACAACAACAGCACAAGGAGGAAGAAGACACUGCUUGUGUCUCUAUUCAACAAGCGAACCAAAGCCAUCAAAUUUGUAACCACGGCACCAGUUACUCUGUCAAAGAUGAUUAUAACUCUCUGCCCACUAGCGAGCUCAGCGUUCCGGCGGAAGAUGCGGCGGACUUAGAGUGGCUGUCUCAUUUCGUGGAGGAUUCCUUUUCGGAAUUCUCUGCUGUCUUCACCACCGUAACAUUAACGGAGAAACCGAAGUGCCUUGUGGCGAAAGAGCCUGAACCGGGAAGCAAUGUUCCUAACCAGCCAUGUUUCAAAACUCCGGUUCAGACCAAAGCUAGAAGCAAGCGAACCAGAACCGGUGUUCGGGUUUGGCCACUCGGGUCACCUCUUUUCACCGAGUCCUCCUCGAGCUCCACUACAACAUCUUCUUCUUCCUCCUCUUCGUCCCCCUCGAGCCCUUUACUAAUUUACACCAACUUAGCCCAAAGCCUCGAGCAGGUUUGCUCCGAGGUAAGGCCGUCGGCGAAGAAACCGAAGAAAAGGGCCUCUUCAGACGGUGCGGCCGCCCAGACGCCACGACGGUGCAGCCAUUGCGGCGUACAGAAGACCCCUCAGUGGAGAACUGGACCGCUCGGAGCGAAAACGCUUUGCAACGCAUGUGGGGUCCGAUAUAAGUCGGGUCGGCUCUUACCCGAAUACAGGCCAGCUUGUAGCCCCACGUUCUCCAGCGAAUUGCACUCGAACCACCACCGUAAAGUGUUGGAGAUGCGGCGGAAGAGGGAGAUAGUGGGUGGAGUUGAAACCGAUGUGGCCCCUGCUGCGAUUGUUCCCAGUUUUUGAUUAUUAUUAAUUAUUAAUUUGUUAAAAAAAAAAAAAACGAGAGAAAGAGAAGAGAGGAAAAAAAGGAAGAAAAAAAAAAAAGAACUAGGUAGACAAGGUAGCGCAGAUUUUAGACCCGGUUCGAUGGACCCGAUUUAGUGUACAUUUUUUUUUUUCCUUGUGUUGAGUGCGGUAGGCGUUAGGCUUUGUAACUGAUU